AUGUUUGGAGAUUCUGACUCAGCGGAGGCCUGGUCUAGAGUUGAACAAUCAACAUCGGCUGCAGAAGCUCCGACCGUACCGCCGUCAGGGUCAGUUAAUGAUGCACAACAGGACGGUUCUGUUCAAGCUUUAUCAAGCAGACUUGACUUUUGACUGGAUUUCCCUGAGAAUCAAGAACUGGCUAAAACUCGAAAGACAACAAAAAGAACAAAAGUCGAUCCGACAGGGAAAAAUUUAACUGGUUCUGCAUCUCCACGAGAGGUGAGAAGCAGUGACCAAGUCUUUAACGGAUUGUCAGAUAUGACAAUCGAAAUGCUCGGAGACAUGGGUGACCGAAUCAUUGAUGGGAUUAGUGGUGGCGACACUGUUGCUAUUGUAAAAUCUCUGGUUUCCGGUCCAGCGUGUUACGCAAAAUAG